GCCUCCGGGCGGGUGAAUCAUUCCGGCAGACAGCGGCAGCAGAGAGCAGUGCUGAAAAAUGGCUGAAGCAGGCACAGGCUUUCUGGAGCAGCUCAAAUCCUACAUCGUUUCGUCUUGGACUUAUCUCUCCGUGUGGUUCUUCAUUGUUCUCUUCCUAGUCUACAUCUUGCGCGUGCCCUUGAAAAUUGACAACUGGAGCACAGUGAGCAUGUUUUUGAACACGUUAACACCGAAGUUCUACGUGGCCCUGACAGGCACUUCUUCACUAAUAUCGGGGCUUAUUUUGAUAUUUGAAUGGUGGUAUUUUCGCAAGUAUGGAACAUCAUUCAUUGAACAAGUCUCAGUAAGCCACUUGCGCCCCCUCCUGGGAGGUGUUGACAACAACUCCUCCAACAAUUCUAACUCCAGUAAUGGGGACUCAGAUUCCAACAGGCAAAGCGUCUCAGAAUGCAAAGUAUGGCGAAAUCCACUAAAUUUAUUUCGGGGAGCUGAAUAUAAUCGGUAUACUUGGGUGACAGGACGAGAACCUCUGACUUACUAUGACAUGAAUCUCUCUGCUCAGGAUCACCAGACAUUCUUUACUUGUGACUCAGACCAUCUGCGUCCUGCAGAUGCAAUAAUGCAAAAAGCCUGGAGAGAGAGAAACCCUCAAGCUAGGAUUUCUGCAGCUCAUGAAGCCUUAGAGAUAAAUGAAAUUAGGUCCAGAGUUGAAGUUCCCCUAAUUGCUUCCUCUACCAUCUGGGAGAUAAAAUUGUUACCAAAGUGUGCAACUGCUUAUAUUCUCUUGGCUGAAGAGGAAGCAACAACCAUUGCUGAAGCAGAAAAGCUGUUUAAACAGGCCCUGAAGGCUGGAGAUGGCUGUUACCGUCGUUCUCAGCAGCUACAGCAUCAUGGAUCCCAGUAUGAAGCCCAACAUAGACGAGACACCAAUGUCUUGGUCUAUAUCAAAAGAAGGCUAGCAAUGUGUGCCAGAAGACUCGGGAGGACCAGAGAAGCAGUGAAAAUGAUGAGAGAUUUAAUGAAGGAGUUCCCCUUGCUAAGCAUGUUCAACAUCCAUGAAAACCUUUUAGAAGCCCUUCUGGAACUACAAGCAUAUGCUGAUGUUCAGGCAGUCUUAGCAAAGUAUGAUGAUAUAAGCUUACCAAAGUCGGCAACAAUAUGCUACACAGCUGCCUUGCUCAAAGCAAGAGCUGUCUCUGACAAAUUCUCUCCUGAGGCUGCAUCUCGGCGGGGGCUGAGCACAGCAGAGAUGAAUGCAGUCGAGGCCAUUCAUAGAGCUGUGGAAUUCAAUCCUCAUGUGCCAAAAUACCUACUAGAAAUGAAAAGCUUAAUCCUACCCCCAGAACAUAUCCUGAAGAGAGGGGACAGUGAAGCAAUAGCGUAUGCAUUCUUUCAUCUGGCACACUGGAAGAGGGUAGAAGGUGCUUUGAAUCUUUUGCAUUGUACGUGGGAAGGCACUUUUCGGAUGAUCCCUUAUCCCUUAGAAAAAGGGCAUCUGUUUUACCCUUACCCGAUCUGCACAGAAACAGCAGACCGAGAAUUGCUCCCGUCUUUCCAUGAAGUCUGUUACCCAAAGAAGGAGCUCCCCUUCUUUAUUCUCUUUACUGCUGGACUGUGUUCCUUCACAGCCAUGCUGGCCCUCCUAACACAUCAGUUCCCGGAACUUAUGGGGGUCUUCGCAAAAGCUAUGAUUGACAUUUUCUUCGCAGAGUUCAGGGACUGGAAUUGCGAGAGUAUUUUCACGAGUGUUGAAGAUGAACUGGAAAUCCCACCGGCACUUCAAUCUCAACAUUUCCAAAACUGAACUCAUCACCCUCCUUCCCCCACCACCAAAACCGCUCUCCUCCUGUAUUCCUGAUCUCCGCCAGUGGCAGUGCCACUCACUCAGUUACUCAAGCCAGAAACUCAGCAGCCCUCCUGAGCUCUUCCCUCCCUUACUCCUCACAUCCCAUUUUUAUCGGCCUCUAAAAUCUGGUGGGUGUAACCUGCUAAGCCACUGGAACUUCAGUCAAUGUAAUUCACAUCUUCUCUUUCUCCCCCAUGGCCUCUCUCUCAAUUUAGGUCUUCAUUAUUUCUUGCCUGGACUCCUACAAAAGUCUUAAUCUGGUCUCUUUGCUUCCAUUCUAAUCCUUUGCCAAUCUUUCUUUUAUACUGACGUAGAAAUAAUCUUCCUAAAUUGCAAAUCUAAGCAUGUUACUUCCUUGUUUGGAUUUCUCCAAUGAUCUUCCACUAUCUUCAAGAUAAAGGUACUUGCUCUUUAUGAUCUGGCCCUUGUUUGCCUCCUCAGCCUCAUCUCUCCCAACUCUUGCAUUUGACACUGCUCUUGGGCAUAGUGAAUUACCCACCCUUCCCAGAUGCACCACUGUCUUGUAUACCUCAGUACUGUUGCACGUGCUAUUUUCUCUGCAUGAAAUGUUCUUCCAUAUCACCACUCCCACUUGUCCACUCUACUAAUGCCUGUUCAUUCUUUUAUACUCAGCUCUCUAAGUUCUCCUAAGCUGAGUUAGAUCUCUCCUCUGUGAUCCCACAGUAUUUCAUUAAUACCUAUAAUAUCACAUUUAUUGUAAUAUUACAUAAUUGUUGAAAACUUGUCUGUCCCCCUUUUAGAAUGGGAGCUCCUUGAGAGCAGGACUGUGUCUUCCUCAUCUCUGUAUCCCCAAAGCUUUGCACAGUGACUUGCACAUAGUAGGUUUUCAAUAAAUGAUUAUAAAUAAAUAAAUGGUUGGUUUUCUGCAAAAAAAAAUCAAUGUAAAACUCAGAUACAGCCUAACAUUUCUUCUUUUCUACUUAUAAUCAUACAUUCUUAAAGUUGAAAGGGACCUUAAACAAUUGCCUUCAAUAGUAGGUCAGUUUAGAGGUCAUCUAGAUUCAUAUUGAACACUUUUACCAGUGGGGAGCUCACCCAUUUAACAUUGAAGCCCCUUUCAUUGUUGGAUUACUCAGAACUUUUCUUUACAGUGAUAAAAUUGGCCUCCCUCUAACUUCCACUAGUUCUAUCUGCCCUCUGAAACUAUCAAGCCUAUUUCCUCUUGCAAAUUCUUAAUACAGCCAAUACAUUUAUGCCUACCUCUGACUCUAACUGACCACCUCCUCUUUUCUCCAGGCAGAACAGCUAUAAUUUUCUUACAUCUUCUGUACAUGGCAUGAUUUCUGUACCCAAUAUCUUCCCAGUUGCCUUCCUUGGAUGCUCCCUAUUUUAUUAACACCUAUGCUAUUCAUUCUACUCCUAAGCCAACCUGUGAUAUAAAACUAGUUGCCAAACGUCCAAUAGCACCGGGUGGUAGUUUUGGAUCAGACAGAGAGUCUCAGGUUCUAGUGUACAUGAAAUUCACAUGGCCCCACCACCAGAAAUUCAGAAUCGCGAGUGUUAGCACCCAGAAAUCUAUGUUUUUAACAAGCACCCAGCAGAUUCUGAGAAUGGGUUGAGGACCAUAUUUCCUUCUAAGACCAUGUACAGGUGUGUGGUGUGCUGUCAGAGCUGUUGAGGUGAGCACUUUCUAGGGAUCAGCGGUUUCACCCUGGCUGCUCCUUGGAAUCAUUUGGAGAGAUUAACAGUUACUGAUGCCACCCCUCACCCUGGUCCCCAAGGGAUAAGUAGUAUGACUUGAUUGGUUGGGACACAGCAUGGGUAUCUGAGUUUUCAGAGACUCCCCAGGUGAUUCAGGUGUGGAACCAAGACUGAGAACUUUGCAUUGAAUGAAGGACUAGUCACCUGAAACUGCUUUAACUAGGAUGGGAUUGGGAGGAUGAGAGAAUAGUAAAUAGAAUAAGACUGGGUAUUCUCUAGGGAAAGGCUGUGCAGACUCCAGAGUAUUGGAGAGAUGUGUUCAUUAUGGAUGUUAGACAAGGGAGCACUCUCCUUAUGUAGUGUUCUCAAGUUUUGGUUUUGAGUCUAAGAGCAAAUGAUUGAACGAGAUAUGAAUUUGCCUUCACCAGACCCAUAUUUUAUACUCUAUCAAGGUGUGGUCAUUUGGCCAGCUACUUAGAAUUUUCAUAUGUGGUUUAGAUAAUUUGCUUUUAAACCUCUGUCUGGAUGGCCACAUUCAUCUUGUCCUUCAUUAAGGUUUAUAGCAGUUUCCAAAAUGUCUGGAGAGACUUCAUGGGGAAGGAAGAUGGAUGGCCUGAAGAGAUGAGCUGCGUAACCCUCCUCCUUUCCCACCACCCCCAGGGUCUUCUCCACAUUUUUACCUGUGUUAUUUCAUGGGGUCCCUCACGAAGCACCCCGCAGGUUAUCACAGCUGCCCUACAGGCUGCCUCAACCAUUUGCAGCUUGUGAAAAUUAUAUUCUCAUUCCUCGCCUGAGAUAUGUCCCUGGGAUAAUGACUUUCAGUAGAUGCAGAGAUUUGCACUGCUGCCCCUGGGCCACAUGCAGCUUGGGAGUUCUCCAAUUGCGUUUACAUGUUGAUACGCAGCCAGUGAGAAGCCCACAGCAAAGUGUGAGCCACUGGAAAUAGUAAAUGAGAGGUUUCAACGGGCUUUCCCCCUAAUCUAAUCUACCUCAAUGACUUAGGACUAACUCUUCCUAGAAUGUUUGGUUACCAAGAUAAGGUUGCUCAUAUAAUAAGUUAUGUUCCAAACACAGCCCCUGGCAGAAUGUGGGAAGGUCAGCACUCUGACCCCUUCUGCUUUCAAGGGCCCUGUCUUUACUCCUAUAGACUUUCUCCUUCCUUCCCUGAGACUGAGCCCACUGACUUUUGACUCUCAUCUUCAGUUAUAGGCCCUGACCUCUUUGAAGUCUGAUAUUGAUUACAGUGAAAUGUCAAUUGUCUGAUUGCAAUGGGGCACUGGAACUUAUUCAGAUAAGUGGAGGCAUUUUGAAUGUUAAUGAAGCAUGGGAGCCAUGACCUUCUAAGUAAUGGUGUUUCAGAAAAAGGAGUAUCAGGCGAUUGAAGUGUCACUCUCUCUUUUUUACUGGUUCAGUUGCUUUUUUUCACCACAAGACCCCGGUUGAAUCAUAGUGUAUUUCAACCGUGUAUCUCUGCUCUCUGGACAGCAGUUUUGGAUACUGAGAGAGAUGAGCUGUUCCAGGGUUGCCUGGGGUUGCUCAUUCAGACAAUUCUUCCAGCAAUUAAUUUCCCAAGCCUAUGAGUGAAACUGCUGUUCCUCUAUGUGCAUUGGUUGUGUCUCUGACCAAAAAAAAAAAAAAAGGACUGAUUUUCAAACAUACAAAGAAAUAUAAAUGAGUACUCCAAGCAAGGCAGGUUCCACCAAACUGUUUUUUAAUGACUCUUACUGAAAACUGCUGACCUUUAUUUGGUUAUUGAAUGAAAGGGCACAGUACAUUAUGACAACUUAUUACAUUGUCUGUUGUUCCCUGUGGCUGAUGUGUGGGAAGGAGGAUGUGGAGCAGGGUGCUCAAGAGGAAAGUAGCUUAGUGAUAAAAGGUGCACAUCACAACUGGGUGCUGUGAGAGAAUUAGGGUCUCUAGGAAAAUGUUCAAGGGAAUCUUUUCUUAAUUUCCCAAAGAUAGGAACUUCUAGAUGUGAGGGAGAACAGUCAAUUAUCACACACUCUGGAGAUAUGGGGACUUAAAUCUCUUGACGAAACUUGUUGAGAAGGCAAGUGUAGUCCAGGGAGGCAGGCCCCAUUGCGUCUUGCUGCGCCAUGUGGGAAGAGGGGCAAUUACAGACAUCACACAGGGACAGAGGGUCACCUCUUGAUUUCCAGAGGCCUUGCCUUUUGCACUUUUUAUCAAAGUCAGGUCAGUGCCC